GGGAGGAGUUCAUUGUAAAGAUGGCGUCGCUACUCCAAUUGGAGAGGGUUUUGUAUCUAGUUCACGGGGAAAAGGAAAUUCGGGCUCCGCUUUCUCAGCUCUACUUCUGCCGUUACUGCAGCGAGCUCCGUUCCCUAGAAUGUGUUUCUCACGAGGUGGACUCUCACUACUGUCCAAGCUGCUUGGAGAAUAUGCCAUCAGCUGAGGCGAAGUUGAAAAAAAAUAGAUGUGCUAACUGUUUUGACUGCCCUUGCUGCAUGCACACACUUUCAACCCGGGCAACUAGCAUACCAGCUCCACUUCCAGAUGACCCAGCUAAAACUACCAUGAAGAAAGCAUACUACCUUGCCUGUGGCUUUUGCCGUUGGACCUCCAGGGAUGUUGGCAUGGCUGAUAAGUCAGUGGCUAGCGGUGGUUGGCAGGAACCUGAAAAUCCACACACCCAAAGGAUUAACAAGUUGUUGGAAUAUUACCAGCAACUUGCGCAAAAAGAGAAAAUUGAGCGGGACAGAAAGAAGCUGGUCCGACGCCGAAACUACAUGCCACUGGCAUUUUCUCAACACACUAUUCAUGUGGCGGAUAAGUAUGGCCGUGGAACAAGACUUCAGCGACAGAGACCUGGAGCUCCAAUCACUGCUCUGACUGGACUGACUCUCAAAGAAGGAGAAGAUCAGAAGGAAAUAAAGAUUGAGCCUGCACAGGCACUGGAGGAAGUGGAGCCAUUGCCAGAUGACUAUUAUACCAGGCCUAUUAAUUUAACAGAGGUUACCACCCUAGACCAGCGCUUGCUGCAGGCUGACUUCCAGCCAAUAUGUGCCUCUCAGCUGCACCCGCGCCACAAACACCUGCUAAUCAAGCACUCUCUAAGGUGCCGGAAGUGUGAACACAAUCUGAGUAAACCAGAAUUUAAUCCAACAUCUAUCAAGUUUAAGAUCCAGCUGGUAGCUCUGAACUACAUACCAGAAGUGAGGAUUAUGUCUAUUCCUAAUUUACGCCAUAUGAAAGAGAGUCAGGUUUUGCUGACUUUGACUAAUCCAGUGGAGAAUAUUAUCCAUGUGACACUGAUGUCAUGUGAAGAAGGGGAUCCUGAUGACAUCAACAGUACUGCAAAGGUUAUUGUCCCUACCAAGGAGUUGAUCCUGGCUGGAAAAGAUGCUGCAGCAGAAUAUGAUGAAUUGGCAGAACCGCAAGACUUCCAGGAUGACCCAGAUGUUGUUGCCUUCAGAAAAGCCAAUAAAGUAGGAGUUUUCAUUAAAGUCACUCCGCUUCAAGAAAAAGGCCAAGUGACUGUGAGCUUUAAGCUUAAGCAUGACUUCCGAAACCUGACAGCGCCGAUACGGCCAGUAGAAGACAAUGAAUCCAGUUCCGAGGCAGUUUGGCUGACUCAUCAUGUGGAGCUUAGCCUAGGCCCUCUGGUUCCCUAAAGCUAAAUCACCUGUUUAUGCGCAGGAGCAAAAUUCUAGGUGGGGGAGGUCUUCCACAGCAAGUGAGAAGCAAAGAUCAGUACCUUUUUGCAGCUUGCUUGGAACAUCAUAUUAAAUUGUAAUUUAAAAAAAAAAACAUAAUUGCAAGAACCAGUAAAUUGUGGUAAUCCCAUGUACUUUUGUUUAAGGAUUAUCUGUUCUUAUUUAACACUGGAAAACAAGCUGUUAGGCCAUCUAGCUAUGAAAUUUAUCUUACUAAUUCCAUAUGAAAUGUACUCACAAAUUCCCAUGUCAAAAUGUAUUAUUUUACCCACAAACACCCAACGCUAUAUAAAUUGUAUGCAAAAGCUUAAAUAGCAGCAUUGUUUUCUAAUAUCUGGGUCAAUGUUUAGUUCUCAUUAUUCUAUUUAUCAGUCUAGUCUUGCUUACUGGGAAGAGAUCCACAGCCUCCGUACCUAAAUAAUGCAAAAUUACAGCUCCACAUUUGUUAGAGGUCAGGCACACAUCUAUAACUGGGAGUGUUAAUUAAACUACCACUAGGUAUGUGCAAUAUUCGUUAUUCAGAUAUUCAUUUCAUAAACAAAUGAUGAAUGUGGCUGCGGGUAUUGGCAUUUGUUUAUAAAGCGACUAUCUGAAUAAGUGAUAUUGCACAUACCUAACGGCAACUAUGCUCCAUAAAGGCAGAUUUUAAAUUGGUUACCUUGUGGCAGGAUAGAUGCGCUGCAUAACCUGAAAAUGUAGGUGGGAUGUGUAUAAAUGUUUCUCUUUAUUAUUGCAUAAGCAUCAUUGUAUAUAAAGUGUUCACAAUGUGUAACAUGAUAAAUAUCACUUCUGUAUUGUCACAAGAUGGCAGAAUAGAACAGACACUAACUUAUUUCCCUUUUUUUUUCUUUCUUUUUUUUGCCUGUGUCAAUGUAACGUUAUUGAAUAAAUGAUGCUAUGCAAAAAGUUUACACUAUUAUAAAUUAUUCAGUAUUGCAAGUGCUACACACACAUACACUAACAAUAACGCAUGCAGACAUAGCUGAAAUGUUUUUUCCUUUAACAAUAAGUGAACUACUAACUUUAGUUUCUGAACUAGUGGGAAAAAAAAAGACACUUUAGUUUUAUGUAAUAAAAUUCCUAGUCACUCACUAGAAUGAAUGUAGUAUGCUUGGCCCAUGUGGGGAACCAAAUGCUGUAUCUUCUCAGUUGUUAGUCUUUAUAUAAUAAUCCGUUUUAGUGUGCAUGCUUGUGUAUCUCUUAAAGGGACAGUCUACUCCAGAAUUGUUAUUGUUUAAAAAGAUGGAUAAUCCCUUUAUUACCAAUUCCCCAGUUGUUUGCAUAACCAACACUGUUAUAUUAAUAAUCUUUUUACCUCUGAUUACCUUGUAUAUAAGCCACUGCAGACUGCCCCCUUAUUUCAGUUCUUUUGACAGAUUUGCAUUUUAGACAAUCGGUGCUGACUCAUAAAUAUCUCCAUGGGAGUGAGCACUAUAUUAUCUAUAUGGCCCACAUGAACUAGCACUUUAGCUGUGAAAAAUGCACUGAGAAAAGAGGGGACCUUCAAAUGCGUAGAAAAUGCUUAGAAAUUAGCAAAUGAGCCUACCUAGGUUUAGCUUUCAACAAAGAAUACCAAAAGAACAAAGUAAAACGAAAUUAAAUUGGAAAGCUGUUUAAAGUUGUGUGCCCUAUUGACUAGACUGUCCCUUUAAGUUUAACACUGUUACUUUGUAGUGUUUCCUUUGUUGUACACUUGAAUGCAGUCAUAUUCAUAUUCUAAGGCUUGGAGUAUGAAACUAUGAAUGUUACAUUCUUGGCUGCCAGAGAGGGCUGAAAUGUGUUUUGCAAGAUAUUGCAGCCCUCUGGCAGCCAAGGAGAUAAAGGGACAGUAAGCACCUUGUCAUUACAACACAUUUCUGUUGUGCUGCCAUAGAAUAACAGAUCAGCCAAGUCUUAACAUUUUUAAGACGCUAAAAUCUUUUUUACUGCAAUUAUUUUUCAACAGCCAAACUCGACCCACCAUUUGCCUUAUUUGGAGGAGCCAAUCUGGGCUUUAGCCCACAGACAAUAAGGCUAGACAUAGUCAUAAAGUUAGUAUAAAGUGCUCUGUUUUGCAGUUAUUAGCUAAAAAUAUAGGCACAUAUAUUUAGCAGGGUUAGCCUUGAUAAAUCAGCAUGGUGCUUUUCAUGUUCUGAGAAUUAGAAAUGGCUAAAUUUUCAGAGCUGAUUCACAUGGAAAGGGGACAGAAUAAUGACACUGGGGGCAUAUUUAUCAAGCUCAGUAUGGCGCUUUAUGCCCCUAGUUUUUAAAGACCGCUGCUCCAUAACAUGUCCGUCUGUUCUGAGGCCGCGGACAGAAAUCAACCCGAUCGAAUACAAUCGGUUUCAUUGACACCCCCUGCUAGCGGCCAAUUGGCCGUGAAUCUGCAGGGGGCGGCAUUGCACCAGCAGUUCAGAAGAACUUCUGGUGCAGUGAUAAACGCUGUUGGCAUUUAUCAAUGUGCUGCGGACAUGAUACUCUGUAUCAUGUCCGCUUGCACAUUGAUAAAUAUGCCCCUAUAUAUCAGUUGUUUUCAUUACUCAUAACUAAACCUUUUCUAUAAAAAUCUCAAGGUGUAUUCUAUCCCUUUAAUACUAUACAGAACAGUAUAAAAAAUUCACACACAAUGCACCAGAAAGAGAUUUUCACUUUUUUUAAAGGAAUGAACUAUUUUAAAGACGACAUUUUAAUUUUUGUUUUGUUUAUGUUCCUGUCUUCUCCACCAUUAAAGCAAUGCCAGUUGUCCUUAUCAGCCAAUGAGGAACAGUAGGCAGAAUAAAACCAAUACUGCAGUAUUUGUUUCAAUUUAAAUUAGUGGAGGGGUUUUGUGACAUUUUUCUAAGCAAGAAAAAAAAUGUGUAAAUGCUGCUCUUUCAGGUACGUGGUAGAAAAUGUACAAUGUCCCUUUAAAUUUAUUACACAGAUAACACUUCAUGGUAACAUUACCAAGUUAUAGUGAUAUAGGGCGCCAUGUACUAAGGCGUCAAUUUUUUUGCACAGACCGUAUCGAAUUAACCCGCCGGCAUUCGCACCAUGCGAAUAGAACUUUGUUACAUGAAUGUACUAAAAACCAAGCCGUAAAAUUUUGCGUCUAUUGUGUCUCGAAGACAAUCGGAUUAUUGAUAACUUUGAAGCUUUGUUCGGCGCGAAAGAGCAAAGUUACGAAGCAGUCUGCGACCUGAUUGGUUUAGUUCUUUACCCACGUGACGAUCUAGGUAUCAUAAUCGUGAUGGUUUGACUGCAACAUGGGUGCAAUCGAUGGCUCCAAGGACAUUGGGCAUUCCGGACAUUCUAUAAAAAUUGGACUUCACAGAUUGCCACUCUUCUGGAGUCGAUGGAAGGCACACAUACCUUGGAAAAACGACCAUCAAUGCAUCAAUAACUUUGGUUAAGUGCCUAGAAAAAGCAGACUGGCUGAUGCCAACAGCAUGGAAUGAACCGGUGGCAAAAAAAUGUAAGGCUGCCAACAGUUUUAAUAGUCCGGGUAUGGCUUGUGAACGCGCUGUCAUAGGCUCCAGGUAUUCUGCUAUUUCAUUGUAAAGUUCCAUAAUAGCUUCUCUGUCCAAACGGAAUCUCUGGAUAAUCUCCCGAUCAGAAAUGACUUCCAAACCCAUACGUGGAAGGAAAACUCUAGGGACUCUGAUUCUUCUACCUCUCCUUCUUUGCAAUCCAUUGUUGUCAACCUGUGCCUGUAUAGCCCUUCUUCCUCGUAAUUGAAUCAAUCGGAAAAGAAACAUAUGUAAAAGUGUCUCCAUCUUCAUUCAGUGAUCCAAAAACCAAUAAUGAUACAAUAGUAGUCUAGUCCUUUCACUUAAGUACUUCUACCUGGCGUCAGGUUAAUACCCCCUAUAGUUUUCUAUUGUAUUCGCUACCUAAAUGGCCGCAAAGCAAACCAUGCGAAGUUACAAUGAAAGUUGGAGCGGACGGAUUAGUUGUAACAUUCAUAAUUUCCGAUUACAUCGAAUUUACGUGCGAUCGAACAUGUAGUAAGUGGAAAAAGGCUUCGGAACGAUCAGUUGCGUAAAAUUACGAUAGCUGAUGAAAAAUAGCGGUUUUUCGAUUCGAUCGCGGAUUGGUAAAUACGAGAAGCAGAUCGUGAGCGAAUUUUGACGCGGAAAUACAGUCGGAUGGUCACUUCGAAGCUUAGUACAUGGCGCCCACAGGCUAUUUUGCAAGUAGCAGCCCAUUUUAUUGUAUGUAAUGGCCACUCUUCUAGACUGUAUAAUAUAUGGAUGGAUGGGUGGGGCGCCUUCCUUCAACUCCCUAGGCAGAGGCAAAAAUAAUUAGUGUAGAUGGGGGAAUUACAUUACAUCGGGCUUUACCCACAGCUGCUUGGGUAAUGUCAGGUUAGGAUUACCCAGAUUUUUUUUUUUGUGUGUUUGUGUCCUCGGGAUCCCCAACUGACCUAUCUUAGAAAAUGUAUUCUUUUAAAAAUACAUCAGUUUUUAGUAUUCAGAAGCCCAAGAUGACUGAUAUUGCUGUAAUGUUACUUCUGUACUUUUUUUUUUAUAUUUAUUUAGAUUAUCAUUUCCAUUUUUUAGAAAUAAUCUAAAAGAUAUAAAUCGUAAUUUUCUGAAUUUCAAACAAUUGAAUUUUCCCUUUAAGUUUAGUUUAACAGAACACGAGUCUGUGUAAUACAUGGGGCUAUUUAAACAGUUGACAAAUAAUCAUUUCAAAAUCAAAAGCACUUAUAUGUGAAAAUGUCCCCUAUACAGUGUUAUAAAACAACAAUGAUACGAUAUCUCUGGCACUUUCUUCUCCCACAAAACGCGCUCCUGUGGGUUCAAGCUUUGUUAGCUCCAGAUUGGCUGCAGCACCUGUCUGUCAACUCUUAAGUGGCCUAUCUUUUAUAUCUGUAUAGUUUUUUGUCUGUAUAUCUGUAUAGGUAAUGACAAUUUUCAGCUGUCUUAAGUUUUAUGGCAAACUCCUAUUAAGAUACCCUGUAUAUUAGCUUAUCACUGUCUAGUAUUACAACUAAGACAACAGAAUAUUUUAAGCUGCUUUUAUCCCCAAUAUUAGACCUUCAUUUCCACAUCCUAGAAUUCCUGUCAUAUCUUUCUCAUCUCUAGCCUUACAAAAUACUGUGUUCUUUAUUUAACUUGUAUCUACACAUUAGCAAAUAGCUUUGUAUUUGCAGAGAGUGACAAGUAGAUCCAAGUUUUUUUUAUUCUUCUGUAAAUAUCUUAAAAUAGAUGCCAGUUUUCACAGGAGUGAAAGCAGGCAGUUAUGCUGUUUGCUUUGGCAAUGAUGAAAUUCACACAAUAAUCCACAAUACUGGAUUUCUGCACACAUUCAAUCUGUGCAGGCUGAACACGAACAGACGCUUUAUAUGUCAUGCUCUUACAGCUAUUACUGAAACAAAUCGCUUUUACUAGAAGCAUUUUCGCUGAUGUGCUCUACCAAAAUGUUUCUAAACUAAAUAGUAUGAUUAAACUAAAUAUUGUGUUGUUUGCCAGUAACAUAUUGUUCUCUAUGAGAAAUAAGCAUUAAUACCUCUGACAAAUGUUAUUGUUAAACUUGAGAUGAGAUCCUUAAAGGGACCAUCUACACCAAAAUUAUUGUUGUUUAAAAAGAUAGAUAAUGCCUUUUUACUACCCAUUCCCCAGCUUUGCACAACCAACAUUGUUAUAUUAAUAUACUUUAUAACAUGUAUAUAGAUAACAUGUUCGCUCCUGUGGAGUUGUGCAGAACAUAGCACUAAUUGGCUAAAAUGCACGUCCAAUAGAAAAUAAAUAGACCUGAGAUAAGGGGGCAGUCUACAGAGGCUUAUAUACAAGGUAAUCACAGAGGUGUAAAAAAGUGUAUUAAUAUAACCAUGUUGGCUGUGCAAGACUGGCGAAUGGGUAUUAAAGGGAUUGUCUUUUAAAUUUUGGAGUAACUGCCCCUUUAAGUAAUAAGUAAAGUAGCCACAUAUUUUGCUAAUAUAAAAUACCUUUCUUUAUUAUGUGUGGGGGUAUUUAUUGGUUCUAGCGUAGUGGUAUUUCCAUUGAGGCCCUUAUAUAUAUAUUUUUUUAGUUUUUCUACCAUUCAUUUUCCAGUGUAAAAUAUUAGCCAGAUGAUAAAGGUGCAAAAGAUAUAUGAUUGACAAUUAAACAAAGCACCCAAACAAAAAUAACUUAAACCAAGCAACAAGCUAUUAACAAUCAACUUGAAGUAUCACAAAGAUUAGUCUAAGUUGGAUUGAAUGUCUACAUCCUUCAGAAGACUUUACAUAUUUUAUAAGUUUUCCAGUAUCUUGUAAGUAGGUGCACAUGCUUGUCUCUAAUCGAUAUUCACUUUCACGUCUUCAGUUUUAUAAUGCACCACUGCUUUGUUUUACACAAUCUUUAUAAACUACAGGCUCUGGGCUUUCAUGUACGUGUAUGAUGUCUGAUAUGCGUUCAGACCCUGGUGGGAAUGCACUUUACGGACUUGAUAAUGGUUGACUAGGUAGCACUAUGAUGUUUACACCUUCACUUCAACUACCAACCGCAUGAGACAGGGGAGAACUUGUAUUUAUUAGUAGAAAACUAUACAUAUUAUAUCUAAUAUACUAAACUAUGUCAAUAUUAAAUCUGCAGCUUUUUUAUUUCUUGGAUAUUUACCCUGUUGAAGGUGGUAAGUUUAGCACCAGUUGUCUUUUUCAGGUCUGGUAGCAAAAUCUUUUUUUAUAGUUUCUGUCCCAUGUGGCAACCACAUGUUGAUUUAUAGGUUUAUGGAAAUGUCAAAGGUCAUUAAUGUUACUCUUGGUUCUGACCUGAAAUGGAAAUUCUUAAUCCAUUUUUCUUUUCUCUUAUGCAGAAUGAGAAGCAAACUGCUUCUCAAAGCUGUAUAUGUCUGUUAUUACAUUGUUACUUUGCCUUACUGCCUCAAUAUAUUGUAAUGUGUUUGUUCAGAAAAUAAAGCAAACUAAACUUU